AUGGGCAAUAUUCUCUGGAGAAGCAACGCAGUGCACCCUGUUCUCGGCGACGGAGGACGGAGAGGAAACGUGGAGGCCGGAGAGAAGAAUGGUCCUUUAAGGAUAAAAGUGAGGAUGAGAAGGGAUAAACUGGAAGAGCUUUUGUAUUUGGCUCGUCGUGGUGAUCAGUCUACCGGCGAAGGUGACGGUGGUGAGAUUGGUUUCUUGAUUCUUAAAGAAUGUAUGGAAGGUCGCUUACCGGUGACGGUUCUUAGCUCCGGUGAUGAUGUUUCGCCUCAACGGUGUGGAGAUUACUUGAUGUCGAGAAGACUGAGUUCCAUCAAAGAGGAAUAACUGAAUAAAUAUGUGUUAGAUAAAUUGUAUCUUGAUUCUUGAAUACAAAAGUAAGCCUAAUUAAAACUUUAGAUAAGCACA